AUGGAUCAAACCUUUCUCUUUGUGGAUGGUUUCGAAACCGGAAAGGCUGCAAGGCAACGAAUACGGAGCCAUGUUAUGAACGGCAAGAAUGCUGGCAAGAAGGUGCAUCGACGCUCAAGACUCGGCCUGAUGCCCUCAACUCCUUACUACCGAAGGUACAGAACUUCUGAACAAUGCGACUCUCACAACGUAGACAGGGAAUCCGGCAUGAGUCAGGGUCUUCCAUGCCCCCUUACAAACAGCCGAAUUCUUGGAGACCCAUUCCGUACUCUGUCAUAUCCUGUGGAACCUACUUCUUACUCGUUGGAUAUUUUCAAUGAAUUCUUCUCUCAUGUCAUUAACAAGUUCUACCCGUGCCACCUUGGUAUCUCACCCGACGAUGCCAAGUAUUGGUGGCUCCAACUUUCACUCGCAGACGAGGCCGCAUAUCAUUGUAUGAUUGCCGUCACCGAUGCGUGCAUUCAUUUCUUCCGUGGCGGAGGUGCCAGCACACGCGAAGCCCUCUAUCAUCGCUCUCGAACACUUACCUUAGUCACCGAGAGGUUAGCGGGCGAUGAUGCUCUGUCUGAUUCUACGAUAAGUCUUGUGGUUAUGAUGAUAGUGCAGGAGCAAAUUAGAAGAGGAGUUCCCGAAGCUCACAUUCAUUACGAAGGAUUGAGAAAAAUGAUAGAGAUACGAGGCGGUAUCUCUCAACUGGAGCAAAGUCCCACAUUGCUAUUGAAGAUAUGCAAAAUGGACAAUAUAUAUGCUUGGCAGUAUGGCCGGCCAAUAUCUUUCUUUCGAGAUUGCAUGCCCGAAGCUAGGGCAAGGCUAGAAUCUGAAGGACUUCCGUUCGACCUGUCUCUGGCUGAAUCUGUGGCCCCUCCACAUAAAUUGAAUUCUUGUCUUCGUGAAAUACUGCUGGACGUGAUAAAUGUGUCCGUCCUUUUCAAUCGGAUCCCUCCGACUACACGGUUGAACUACAUUACCUUUGCAGAACUCGUACACUCUAUCUGCUAUCGCUUAAUCAAGUUUCAACCGCUUCAUGAGCCUUCAUCACUUUCCGAUUUAGAAGACGUUUAUCAUAUGGCACUGACGGUCUUUAUGAUGACUUUAUUCAUGAAAUUUGACGAUCAAAGACUCCUCCGAUGUGAGGCAGUGUUCGAACGGCUACGCACUAUCUUGCGUCGUAAUCUUGCUGAGCUUGAUACUGAUCUGGUACUGUGGAUGCUAUUUAUUGGCGGUAUAUGGAUCAGGAAUGGCCCUGAUGACUCCUGGCUUUAUACGAAGAUAAGAAAGCUGACUCGGUCAAUGGGACUUGACAGCUGGGAAGAAAUUUACCCUGUGAUUAGUGUUUUUCCGUGGAUCAAAAGUUUGCACAAUGGGCCGGGUGUUGCGCUUUGGGACUCCGUCUAUGAGCUGUCGAGAGUAGGAGACCGGAAACUUCUGCCAUAAUCAUAAAUCUAUAUCCG